UGUCUUUUCUCAUAGGCUCAGUUUUACCGUCCUAUCUGCAGUCGGCUACUUUCGGUGGCAGAAGAGGCCACAUCUGCUUCCUGUAGGCCCUCUGGGCAGAAGCAUGCGGUGGUGUCUCUUCCUGAUCUGGGCCCAGGGGCUGAGGCAGGCUCCCCUCGCCUCAGGAAUGAUGACAGGCACAAUAGAAACAACGGGGAACAUUUCUGCAAAGAAAGGUGGCUCUGUUAUCUUACAAUGUCACCUCUCCUCCACCAUGGCACAAGUGACCCAGGUCAACUGGGAGCAGCAUGACCAUUCGCUUCUGGCCAUUCGUAAUGCUGACUUGGGGUGGCACAUCUUCCCAGCCUUCAAGGAUCGAGUGGCCCCGGGUCCUGGCCUGGGCCUCACCCUCCAGUCGCUGACCAUGAAUGAUACAGGGGAGUACUUCUGCACCUAUCACACCUACCCUGAUGGGACUUACACAGGGAGAAUCUUCCUGGAGGUCCUAGAAAGCUCAGUGGCUGAGCACAGUGCCAGAUUCCAGAUUCCAUUGCUUGGAGCCAUGGCCAUGAUGCUGGUGGUCAUCUGCAUAGCAGUCAUCGUGGUGGUCGUGUUGGCUAGAAAGAAAUCCCUCAGAAUCCAUUCUGUGGAAAGUGGCCUCCGGAGAAAAUCAACUGGACAGGAAGAACAGAUUCCCAGUGCUCCCUCACCCCCAGGAAGCUGUGUCCAGGCAGAAGCUGCACCUGCUGGGCUCUGUGGAGAGCAGCAGGGAGAUGACUGUGCCGAGCUGCAUGACUACUUCAAUGUCCUGAGUUACAGAAGCCUGGGGAGCUGCAGCUUCUUCACAGAGACUGGUUAGCAAACAGAGGCAUGUUCUGGAAGAUACACUUUUGUCUUGACUAUUAUAGAUGUCUUGACUAAUAUAUAAACAGCUGUAUUCACCAUCAGUGUGCGCGCGCGUGUGUGUUCAGUUGAGUGAAUAAAUGUCAUCCUCUUCUCUAUCUUCAUUUCCUUGGCCUUUUUGUUCUAUUCCAUUAUGCAUUAUGGCAGGCCUAGGGUGAGUAACAUGGAUCUUGAUCAUAAAUGCAAAAUUGAAAAAAUAUCUUGACCUGAUUUUAAAUCUG